GCUGAGGGCGAGGUGGCCGCUCUGAACCGCCGCAUCCAGCUGCUCGAGGAGGACCUGGAGCGCUCUGAGGAGCGCCUCAACACCGCCACCACCAAGCUGGCUGAGGCCUCCCAGGCCGCCGACGAGUCCGAGCGCAUGCGCAAGGUGCUGCUCGAGAACCGCUCCCUGUCCGACGAGGAGCGCAUGGACGCCCUGGAGAACCAGCUCAAGGAGGCUCGAUUCCUGGCUGAGGAAGCCGACAGGAAAUACGACGAGGUUGCCCGUAAGCUGGCCAUGGUUGAGGCCGACCUUGAGCGUGCUGAGGAGCGUGCCGAGACUGGUGAAUCAAAGAUCGUCGAGCUUGAGGAAGAGCUGCGUGUCGUUGGCAACAACCUGAUCCUUGAGGUGUCUGAGGAGAAGUCUGCGCAAAGAGAAGACAAGAUGGACACACAGCUGAGAAGUAUCACACAAAGUUUGAGAGAGGCUGAGGCCCGUGCUGAGUUCGCCGAGAGGUCUGUGCAGAAGCUCCAGAAGGAGGUCGACAGGCUUGAAGACGAACUGGUUAACGAAAAGGAGAAGUACAAGUCCAUUACCGACGAGCUGGACCAGACUUUCAGCGAACUGUCUGGCUACUAAACACUCUCUGCUCCAAACUGUUCUGCCAUCUCUCUUCCUAUGCCCUCAGCUGGCCUGUAACCUAUUUUUUCAUAAGCUUAUGUCAUUCAGUUUAUAAGAAUCUUUUUACUUUUCCUUCUUUUUUUUAUGUGUUGCAUUUGACCUUCGAUUGAGUCAAUAUCAUCACUAAAUCAUUCGAUAACGUUGGUGAAGUCUGCCAUAUAGGUAAUUUUAAUGUUAUUAAAAGGUAAUCUUUAUUCAGGAACCUAGAUUUUGAAGUUCAUUUCAAAAGGACAGGUUUCAUGUAUUCUAUGGCUUAAUAACAUAAAGAAAUAAAUAUUUAUUAUCAAAUGAAUUUGUUUUGUUGUUUACGCUGUUAUCCCGACACGACAUGACCAACGAUGAAGCGAGUGGCAGUAAGAUGAGCCUAGGACCACUGCUGCUGCCACCGUCAGCCGGUGGACUGCCUGUAAAAUAUCUCACCCAUCUGUUACAGAUGAACUUGUUAAUGAAAAGAAAAAUAUAAGAACAUUGCGGAUGAGAUGGACCAGGCGUUCUCAGAAUUAUCAGGAUUCUAAAUGUGGCACACUGGUGGGCGCUAACACGGUGCUUGGACGGGGCGUCCGUGUCCGCGGAUGUGUGGGCGGAGGCCAUUACUCUGUCCACACCGCAACACGAUCACGCCCCUGCGGACUGACUUGACUGACGGCCGAGACGCGCCCUACACCAACACCAUCACCACCACCACCACCUCCAAUCAUCACCGCCUGGCCCGCCACGCUAACGUCCGCCGUGUAAUGGCCGAGUCCCGGGGCUCCGGAGCUCCAGGGCGGCCCUCGACGGCAGCUCCGUGGGGCUGCUCUCGCGCGCCGCGCUUGAACUCCGUGAUCCAAGGGGCGCUGAGCCUCACCAAGGCUCCCCCGUUCUCUCGCGGAGCGGGGCGCCUGCUGAGGUUCCUCGCCCUGGGAGUCGGCCCACGUCUCUCUUGCUCUGUUGCCGUAUGUAAGGGUGUGCAUAGGUUCACCUUCUUCAACUCGAGUUGCAAUCAGUCCUUUUAUGCGUCAUGCAUUUACAAUAUAUGAAUUAUCAAUAAUAUAUAAGUUAAUAAUAUUAUUCAACUUUUAAAUCUGGAUCUUAUACUUACAGAAUGAUUGUACACUGUUUGUUUAACGUGUAAUAAAUUUUGUAAACAAAA